AUGAACCGCGUAGCAGUACAGCAGCAGCUCCGGCUGUUGCGCGGUCCUGUGUGCGGCAUCAAAUGGACCAUCAGCAGCAGAUGGCAAGCAAAUAUACCCGUAACGGGUGCUCAUCGGCUGGGACGCGUCGCGAGGCAUGGGCCAUCCGCGCCACAAGUUCGACAUCUCAACACGGUGACACCCAGCCCCGAUAACAGCGAAGAGGGACAGUCUGGCACGUACAGCGAAGCAGAUCAUGAACACGCCGUCAUCUCGACCUUUGAUCUCUUCUCCAUCGGUAUCGGCCCUUCGUCCUCUCACACCGUUGGGCCCAUGCGUGCCGGCAACAUCUUCGUCGCAGAUCUCGCAGAGGCCGGCCUGCUGCACAAAGCGCACAAGAUACGCAUCUGGAUCUACGGCAGUUUAGCACUUACAGGCGAGGGCCACAUGACACCCUCGGCCCUGCUGCUGGGCCUCGAGGGUGCAGACGUGGAGACGGUGGACACGUCCUACGUGCCGUCUCGGUUUACGCAUAUCAAGAACGAGAAGAAGCUCUUCCUGGGAUUUGGACUAGGAGAAGACAAGGGCAAGGAGAUUGCGUUUGACUACGACGUCGACUUCAAGUGGGAAUGGGGCAGGAAACUCCCCCUGCACAGCAAUGGCAUGCGCUUCACCGUGUUUGACGAGGAGGGCAUCAUGUUGGCAACCAACGACCUGUUCAGCGUGGGCGGUGGUUUUGUCGUUAAUGGUGCACUAUCAACAGCCGCCACAGCAGCUGCAGCGAGCCAAUCUUCCGGCGGGGCUUCCGCCAAUACCGAGCUGCAGACGGACGGCAGUGGGGGACACCCAGCUGACUUGGCCGAGAACAUGUUCUAUAAAGAAAUCCGACGAGCAGAUGCCGCGGGUGAUCGUCGAACCGGGCCCGAGAUCAAGGCGGCUGAAGAAGCCACCGAAGAGACUACGGGUUUGGUUGACACUGGAAACCGUUCGCCUGCCACAGCAGACACCACAACCGCCGAGACUGGCACGAGCUCACAGCAACCUCGCUAUCCGUUCCGGGAUGCAAACAGUCUCCUGGCUCUCUGCAACAAGCACAAUCUCACCAUCGCACAGUUGGUAUACGAGAACGAAAAGAGCCAAGGCUACUCGGACGAAGACAUCACCAGCAAGCUGUACCGCAUCUGGGAAGUCAUGGAUCAGAGUAUCCUGGAAGGUGUUCAAGCGCCACUAGACAGCAAGCUUCCCGGCUCCCUGCAGCUCCAUCGACGUGCGCCGGCACUAUAUAAGAAACUGACAAGAGGUCUAUAUCCCUCCUCCACACAGGCUUCGGCAGCAGCAAGUGAGCAGGGUCAGUUGAGUUCUCCGAGUAUCGCGCAAGGCGAGACCCCAUCCACGCCAACACCGAAGGGAACAGGGGUAGCCGAGCUUGCGAAGGCGUCUACGCCACUCAGUCGGAAAUUCGGUGCCAGCAAGCGAGGGCCUCCCCGGGUGCAUGGCUCUGUCUAUCACCCCAUCAUGCCCUCGCCCCUGCGCCGCACCACGUUCCCAGCGAUGGACUACUUGACCGUAUACGCCAUGGCAGUCAACGAGACUAAUGCUGCUGGUGGACGCAUAGUCACAGCACCUACCAACGGCGCAGCGGGCAUCAUCCCAGCCGUUCUAAAGUACACCAUCGAGUUCGUCAGCGACGACCCGGAACGCGACAUCCUCACCUUCCUGCUCACGGCCUCGGCCAUCGGCAUGCUCUACAAGCGCGGCGCCACCAUCUCCGCAGCCGAAGGCGGGUGCAUGGCCGAAGUAGGCGUCGCCUGCUCCAUGGCGGCCGGCGCCUUCGCGGCGUGCAUGGGAGCGCGCCCCGAGACGAUCGAACAGGCGGCCGAGAUCGGCAUCGAGCACAACCUCGGGCUGACCUGCGACCCGAUCGGCGGGCUGGUGCAGGCCCCCUGCAUCGAGCGCAACGCCCUGGGCGCCAUCAAGGCCAUCUCGAGCGCCAAUCUCGCUCUGUCAAGCGAGGCCGGCACCCAGAAGGUCAGCCUCGACGAUGCGAUCCGCGCUAUGCGCCUCACGGCCCAGGGCAUGAGGAACGAGUUCAAGGAGACUAGCCUGAGUGGCUUGGCUACGAGCGUGCCGCUGCAUAUCCCCGUCAGCGUUCCGGACUGUUGA